GGGCCCUGGUCCAGCCCCCAUCACUCCCACUUCACACGGGGCCGCAGCACCAGGGCCUCCACCACGGGCUCACCCUGGGCACCCAUCAGAAGCACAUCCGGACGCCCGGCCCGUCCGUACGGUCGGCUGCCGUCUGUUUUCACCUGGCAGAGGGGCUCGCUGGGCCUCACGGGACGGGGCCCGCUUGCGGGCAGACGUGAGUGGGAGGAGGGCAUCCUCAGCCCUUUUACUGGAUGCUGCGGAACAACUGGUCUUAACUGUCUUUCUCACGUUUCACAGCCCCAGAGAGCACACCGCAGCUAGGGUUCCACAGCCCGUGCGUGCAUGUGAAUGUACGUGCGUCUGCGUGUGUACACACAUGUACAUGUGUGAGGACAGGUGUACGUAUGUGCAUGUGCAUGGUGUGUGUGUGAGUGUGUGUGUGUGUGUGUGUGUGUGUUGGGGCCUCUCUGGGGUGAUCGGCGGGCCUAACGGGCCUGGCGCCGAGUUCCUGGGGUUCCCACAGCCCCCCCAGCUCUCCCCAGACUUCGUGUUAGACCCCAGGGGUGGAGCCACGACGACUCUCCUCCUUGGCUUCACCUCAGACUCACCUGGACAGGAAAUGUAAAAGGAGUCCCAAGGCCCAGGCCACCCCUUGCCCCAUGACAAUAUGUCAUCGUUUUGGGGUGUGAGAUGCAGGCGCCCGUGUUUUUUAAAGCUUCCCUGGCGCUGCCAUGCGGUCAAGGAGAGACCCACUUGCCUGAAGGGUCUUUGCCCAGAAAAAGUCUUCUCUGCGUCGGAGACUGGGGGUUAAUUUCUAGGAGAGGUUCAAUGAGAACUUUGGAGUUUGGAGGAGAAGCUGUUUAUUCACAUGCAGGUUUGUGGAGCAGACAGGGUUCCACAUGGAGGAGGAAUCCUGAUGACAAACCCACCCUCCCUCCAUCGUCCCCCUCCCCCUCCCCCUCCCUCCCUCUUCCCUCCGACUCCCCUGCCCCCUCCCCUUACCAAAGUGAACUUCACUCUGAGAGGGAGAAGAGACAGGCCAGCCUGUGAACGAGGCAGCAAGGGGGAAAUGUGCUGAAAGAUAAUGAUAAAACUGGUGCUUAUUUGCAGGAGUUUAUGGUCUGCAAGGAGGUUCCUGUGCUUUUCUUACUUCCAGCCUCUGAGGAGGGUACAGUGAGGCCGAGGUUAUUACGGAGCUGCUGGGAGCUCCUAAAAAGUUCUGUGUCAUGGAGAGCCGUUUGGGCUCAGGGAUCCGGGUCAUGUUGGUCAAUCUUCAAUUUUCAGUGCUAUUUGGGGCCAUGAGCCCUUUCCCCCCUCCACCCGCUGGAGCUGCACACCUGCGCACACCUGCGCACACCUGCGCACACCCUGCGAGCCCGCCAUCGGCUGGUCUCCGUGGCCAGGGGAGAUUGUCGGUUCGGCCCAGACACUAAGGGAAGGAAUUCACCGCCCCUUAGUGGACGGAGCCUCAGAGAGGAGAGGAACAGUGAGCGCGUGGCAGAGACAAGUACCAGUGCGCUCACGGGCGCCGCCUGGCGGGGCUCCCAGGAAGCCAUCGGACUGGUCCUCGUGGUCAGUGCCUUUGCUCAGAACUGCAAGUGAGCGAGCCCAGCUGAGCACCAAUUCCAGCCCCAGAGCGUCUCCCGGGACCCUCACUCGUGUUGCUUGUUCUCCUCUCCUUCAGCUGCCAGAUCCCUUCCUCUGCAGCUUCCGGUAACCACGGUGGCCGUCGUGGAGGCAGGGGUUCCAAAGGGAGCCCAGCCGUGCUGUUGGCUCUGUCAGAGCCAAUUGCUCCGGCAGCAUCGGGGCUGCUGUGGGACGGGCAGGGAGGCAGGGAGGCUGGGAGGCCCGGAGGCCGGGAGGCCGGGAGGCCAGCCCCGUGUCGGCUCAUUUUUAGCCAGGCCUCUCGUGCAAGUCUGAUGUGGGCUGUGGCAGACACCUGUUCCACAGCAGAGUCACGGGCACUGGACCGAAGGGUAACCGCAGGCGGGCGUAGUCUCCGUUUUCACUGCACACAGCUUAGCUCAGAGUCGGGGUUAAACCCCAUCUAACCCCGAACUGUUCUGCUGAUGUCUCUCUCUCUGCUCCAAACAAAACAAAACACAAAACACGCCUCUAUGACACAUGCGACGUCAUUUUUCUUUUCUCUGCUGAUUCCCAUCCAAGAGGGUGUCCUGAAGGUGGUGUUACGUCACCCGUCGAGGGGAGAGGAGCUGGGCUCUGGAUCUCAGACGCGGGUGGUGCUUCUGACUCCACCACGUCCAGCUUCAGGACCCACUCUGCCGACCCUCUGCACCCCACCCGCUGUAGGGACGGCAGCACCGCCCGGCCUGAGCAGGUUCUGAAAUGGCACCAGUGGGCUCCCCUAGAGAGUCACCACGCCCACACGACUGAGAAAUACCCCCCGUCCAAAUCUUGCUUUUCUGGGUGUCUUGAACUCAAUUUAAACUGGACAAAAGGGAGAUUCACUUAAAUGGAAGAUGAAUAAAUAUCUGCCUGCUCGAGGCUUUCAGCAAUAGCCCAGUUCUCCAGGCAGAAACCCAAACAGCCGGGCCGGCGCUCACGGUGCCCCGUGUGCCGCUGGGGACUUGUCAGGGGCCCCGGUUAUUAGAGUUUCUGCAAGCAUUGCAGGGUCUGAGCCAUCCUGACGGAAGGCUCGGGACCUAACCCCACUGGACAAUAGGACUGCCCCUCGGGGUGCACCAGCUGAGGGAGUCAGCGUCCCAGGUCUGCCCUAAAGGCGGAAAUAACAGAGGACAAGGUGGCCACGGCCCCGGCAGGGAAGGCAGACGGCUCAGCCACAGAGAGAGAAAUAAGGCACUUUCGGGAGUGACGACUGCUGUGGAGACAGUGACACAAAGUAACGGGGUCGCUGCAGUGGGCCCGGGAGCUCCUGACCCCACGAGGCUGCAGAGGCUGCCACCCGAGACCGCGGGAGACCACUCGGGGCUGAAGCUGGGCCGGGCCGGGCAGAGCAAGCCCGGAGGGUGGCAGCAGGCGCACGUCCAGGGUCGUGGGGUCAGAGCCUACACGCCUCUGCGGGGAGAGAACAGAAAGCGCAGGGCGUGAGUCCCCACGGAGCGGGGCCGCGGCCCGUGCCUCGUUCCCCGCAAGGAUGUGCCCCGUGGGUGGCACGGGGUCUUGCAGGUAGCGCCCCCUUUCCCGGGGAUGGUGCUGCUUUUAUUCCGAAUGCACCGGCAGACGGACGGAGAAGAGGGUCACGUGGGGACCCGAGUGGCGAGCUUCGUGCUUCCUGAGCUCUCUCCGUGGAGACUGGGUGGUGGGGAAGGGCGGUAGGAGGCAGCGGGGGCCUGGGGGCCGUGGGGGGCCAGGGAGGUGACAGACACGCGGUGCACCCUGCAGGUGGUGGUGGCAGGACUCGCUGACGGGACUGGGGUGACGUGAGCCGAGGAUGACAGCCCCGCUCGAGGUGCCUGGACUGAGAACACAGACCUCUGAGGCUGGUGGGGGGGAGGGAAGCGUCCCUCUGGACACACUGAGUGUGAGGGGUCUGUAGGGGGCUGCGUUGCUCAGGGUUCUGGCAGGAAGCGGAGGCACCCUUGGUGUGUCUGGGGACGGGCGGCAGGGCUGUGCACUCAGGUGUGCCACCAGCCGGGCUCCUCCUGACUGUCUGCCCCUCGCCCCCCACGUAGGCCCGGGGCAAAUCCGGAUCGCAGCCAUUCUUUCAUUCCCUACAUAGAGUUUGAGCGCCGGCUUCAUGCCACAUGCUGUGUGGUGGGGUCAUUCAGCCAAGGUCAGAGCUUUCGGAUGGAAAUACAUCAUUCAGUAAAAAAAAACACUGAGUGUCCCCCAGAAUCUAGACAUCAGACAUCAUGUAGACAGACAGUACAGCUGCCUAGAUCGGUUUCUCCAUUUGCCAGGAGUGUCACAGAAGGUAAGCGAGACUCCCUUUAUUGGGCUGAAGGGGGAGGGGCCGAAGCCGUCUGGAGGGCAGGAGCCGCACCCGCCCUGCUCCCCACGGGCUGUGCCCAUUCCUCGGCAGACUCGUUUGAGGUCAGCCGGGUGGAAAGGGAGAAGAGCCAGGAGCUCAGGCAGCUGCGGGAGCACGAGCAACACAAGAGCGCCGUCCUGCUCACCGAGCUCAAGACGAAGCUGCAUGAGGAAAAGAUGAAGGAGCUGCAGGCCCUGCGGGAGACGCUGCUGCGGCAGCACGAGGCUGAGCUGCUGCGGGUCGCCAAGGUCAAGGACAGCGAGAACCAGCGGCUUCGGGCGCUGCUGCACGCCCUGCGUGACAGCGCCCCCGACAAGGUGCGCGCCGUGCUGCUGUCCGAGGCCAAGGAGGAGGCACGCAAGGGCUUCGAGGUGGAGAAGGUGAGGAUGCAGCAGGAGAUCUCCGAGCUCAAGGGGGCCAAGAAGCAGGUGGAGGAGGCGCUGACGAUGGUCGCCCAGGCUGACAAGGUCAAGGCCGCGGAGAUCAGGAGCGUGUACCACCUGCACCAGGAGGAGAUCUCCCGCAUCAAGAAGGAGUGCGAGCGGGAGAUCCGCCGGCUGAUGGAGGAGAUAAAAUUUAAAGACAGAGCAGUCUUCGUGCUGGAGAGAGAGUUAGGGGUCCAAGCCGGGCAUGCCCAGAGACUUCAGCUCCAGAAAGAGGCUCUAGAUGAGCAGCUGUCCCAGGUCAAAGAGACCGAUCGGCACCCGGGCAGCCCCAGACGGGAGCUUCCUCACGCAAGCGGUGCAGGAGACGCCUCAGACCGCUCGGGAAGCCCUGAACAGCAGUUGGAUGAAAAGGAUGCUCGGCGUUUCCAACUUAAGAUUGCGGAGCUGAGCGCGAUCAUCCGGAAGCUCGAGGACCGCAACGCCCUGCUGUCGGAGGAGAGGAACGAGCUGUUGAAGCGUCUAAGGGAAGCUGAAAGUCAGUACAAGCCGUUGCUCGACAGAAACAGGCGCCUGACUCGGAAAAACGAAGAUCUGUCCCACACUUUACGUCGGAUGGAGAACAAGUUAAAAUUUAUCACCCAGGAGAACAUAGAGAUGAGACAGAGAGCUGGCAUCCUAAGGAGACCCAGUUCCUUAAACGACCUGGACCAGAGCCAGGAUGAAAGAGAGGUUGACUUCCUGAAGCUGCAGAUCCUGGAGCAGCAACACCUCAUAGACGAGCUCUCCAAGACGCUGGAGACGGCCGGCUACGUGAAGAGCAUGUUAGAGCGUGAUAAGCUUUUAAGAUAUCGGAAACAAAGAAAGAAGAUGGCAAAACUCCCCAAGAAGCCGGUUGUCGUGGAGACCUUCUUUGGAUACGACGAAGAGGCUUCCCUGGAAUCUGACGGUUCUUCCAUCUCUUAUCAAACGGACAGGACAGACCAGACCCCGUGCACCCCAGACGACGACCUGGAGGAGGUACCCUCCCGCGGCAGCUUCUGGACAGGCCCAGCGGGCGGCGCAGAGGGCCUGGCCAAGGAGGAGACGGAGCUGAGGUUCCGGCAGCUGACUAUGGAGUACCAGGCCCUGCAGCGGGCCUAUGCGCUGCUACAGGAGCAGGUCGGAGGGACGCUGGACGCAGAGCGAGAAGUUAAGACCCGUGAGCAGCUACAGGCGGACGUGCAGAGGGCGCAGACGCGGAUCGAAGACCUGGAGAAGGCCCUGGCAGAGCAGGGGCAGGACACGAAGUGGAUUGAAGAGAAGCAAAUGCUGUACCGGAGAAAUCAAGAGCUCGUGGAAAAGAUUAAACACAUGGAGACGGAAGAGGCUCGGUUAAAGCAUGAGGUCCAGGACGCGAAGGACCAGAACGAGCUGCUGGAGUUCCGGAUCCUGGAGCUAGAGGAGAGGGAGAGGAAGUCGCCGGCCAUCAACUUCCACCACACCCACUUCGUGGACGGGAAGAGCCCCCUGCAGGCGUACUGCGAGGCCGAAGGCGUGAUGGACAUCCUGGUCUCGGAGCUGAUGAAGAAGCUGGACCUCCUGGGGGACAACGCCGUAAGUAAUCUGACCAAUGAGGAGCAAGUGGUUGUCAUACAAGCCAGGACAGUCCUGACCUUGGCCGAAAAGUGGCUCCAGCAGAUUGAAGAGACGGAGUCGGCCCUGCAGCGGAGGAUGGUGGACCUGGAGAGCGAGAAGGAGCUGUUCAGUAAACAGAAGGGCUACCUGGACGAGGAGCUGGACUACAGAAAGCAGUGCUUGGACCAAGCUCACAAGCACAUCCUGGAGCUGGAAGCCAUGCUGUACGACGUCCUGCAGCAGGAAGCUGGGGCCAAAGUGGCAGAAAUGCUGCCGGAGGAGGAGCACGAGAAGCUCAGGGUGGCGGUGGAGCAGUGGAAGCGCCAGGUCAUGAGCGAGCUGCGCGAGCGGGACGCCCAGAUCCUGCGGGAGCGCAUGGAGCUGCUGCAGCUGGCGCAGCAGAGAAUUAAAGAACUAGAAGAAAGAAUAGAAGCUCAGAAGAGACAAAUAAAGGAACUGGAGGAAAAGCUUUCAUUCUGUGGUCAUAGCUCUCCUGGGCACCCUGGCGUGCCCUCUGAGGAGCCAGACCCCUUUCCUGCAGUUGGACCAGAGAGCAGCAGGUGCCCCGGUGGCAGAGGGAGAUGCCGCAUCUCAUUCCUGAAGACUCAAGGGGACCUGGGCUCUGCACACCCCCUCCCGUCGAGGAAGAGGGAGAAAGGGGGUCUUUGAGCACCUCUGCGGGGGACUGUCCAUUUUGAUGAGGCAGAAUCAGAACUAGUUCUCUGACUGGGGCUCCUCUGAAGAGACCUUGUCUUGGCUGUGGACCCUGGGGUCCUUCCUCGGGACGUGGCCUCCCCAUCCUAGUUACAGGGACGCGCGAGUCCCCUGCUGCACAGGUGUGAAGAGCUGCUUCUGUGCAGGAGCCCCAAACUCCCACCUCCCUUUGUUCCCUUGAUGCCCAAAAGGUGUCUCAAAGGAAGAUUCCCAGAAACAACGCAGACACCCCGCAAAAUGACGCAAUGAAGCUGCCACCACGGUGGUGACCUUCGUUCAGGGAAAUGGGGACGGUUCAUGGAGCAUCUCAAGGACCGUUGCCCCGUGUCUUCCAGGACGGACGGGCUGUGAAGACGCCGUGACUCACUGGCUGGGGUCCUGAGCACUUACUGAGCGACACAUCCUGCCACCCUGCCUUGUUGAUGACGCGGGUCCCCGGCCCAGUUCCACUCGCGGGAACAGAACUGUGGCUGCCAUGGUGCCGCCAGCUUCCCGCCCUGAGCUGCGCCGAGGGACUGACCAAAGGGAUGACUGGGGAGCCUGGUAGUGGGAGCUGGGACCAGAGCAAUGGACCGACUGGGAAGGGGCGUGAGCUUGUCGGAGACGCAGGGGCCAGAGGACACCUCGGGCUGUGCAGCACCGUGGAGCCCCUCAGGCUGCAGGCGAGGCCAGAGCUGCCCCGUGCAGAGCUCCAGCCUGCACGCUCACCGGGCAGUGCCCAGCGAGGAUGACAGUGCCCCGGGGUUCUGCGGACGUGAGAAGGGGGCCCGAUGCCCAGGUGGCCAGCAGAGAAGAAGCAGCACGUCACUGAAGCCUAUUUGAAGCGUGAUUUCCAUUCCCGCCGAGCAUCCUGGUCCACGGCCCGGGGGAGUCUGCCCGCAUUCGGACACAGCCCGACUCACGGCUUGGAGGUGGUGCAUCUGUUGACCUCGCACCCUUGGGGGCCUAAGGUUGUGCUGUCAGUGCUGAAUUUGCAGGGGGUACGUGUGCAUGUGUGUGUGCACGCAUGAGUCUGUGUGUUUGCACACACAUGUGCUCUAUCAGAAGACAGUGCACAGGACUGGGCUCUCUGAGGCACCUAGAAGUUGACCUGCUGCGUAAUGAGAGUGCAGCCAGAUGAGAAUGUAAUGGACAACAUUGUAUAAAAGAAACAUAAACUGCAUUGCCCAACGGCUGGAGGGAGGUACGCCUAUGUUGUCUGGAAGUGUUAGGUUCACUUUAUAUUUGUGUCGGAAGAAACGUUCAACUACGGUGCAGAUGACAGUGGCAGCCAGACCAGGAUGAACUGGGAGAAAGCUUAUAGAAUCAGACAGACGUGCUUUUUUCUCUAGAGGGUGCAGGUUUUCUGCUGGGCAAUGCAUUGUUAAUCAACACUUGUCCAAGAAGGACACAUCCUUUCUAUUGUCAUUAAAGCCACAGUCACUUAGUCACUUGAACAGAAAACGAGGCCAGUUCACUGCUUCUCCAGCUGAGCUUGGAGUCAGGGUUUGUAUCUCAAGUCCGAAAUCUGGCUGAGUCCUUCCUGCAUACUUUAGUCUUGGUCUAAUGACGGCCUCGUCUUGGCACAUUUGUCGUACUCAGAACCAAACAGCAGACAAUAGUCUUGUGUUAACAAAAGCCGCCGUGGAGCUAUGGAUGAGCUCCCAGAUUGAAGCCUGAUGGACUGUAGGAUGGAAGCAUGCAGAAGCACCCCGCAGCUCCAAGCACUCCCUGUGGGCCUGCCCGCCCCAUGUGUACCUGUGCGGGGACAGCAGCUGUGCAGGUUGGCCAUUUCGGAUCCCAGAAUGUGCGUGUGAAACGCAGAUUCACACCCCUCGAGUUUAUUUGGGUCAUCAUGAUUUUGUGUGUCGUACAUAUGUCUGGAGUUCUUCGUAUGCAACCCCACACCCCGGACACUCUUAAGCACAGCUUUGUAAUUUUUAAAAGAAGGCAAAGUCUACAGGAAAGAGAAGCAUGUAAAUAUGUACCAGUGCUUAUGAAGUUGUUAUUGUUUGUAUGUAGAAAGGAUGUGCACUGGAAAGGGAAAGUGGCUCAGUGAAUGUUUUAAAUAAUACUUCACGUACCAAAUUGCAUUUGGUACAUUCAGGAAAGCACACAUUCAGUUGCAAUGCCAAUUCUUCUCUUCAGAUAUUGUUCUUAUUCAUGUAUCAUAGGCACCUUCUUUUCAUCUGAUUACAAAAUCCAGCAUUUCAGGAUUGGGCUUUUGCAAAACAAAAACGAAGAAGAAGGGCUUCCCUGGUGGUGCAGUGGUUGAGAGUCCGCCUGCCGAUGUGGGGGACGCCGGUUUGUGCCCCGGUCCGGGAGGAUCCCACAUGCCACGGAGCGGCUGGGCCCGUGAGCCAUGGCCACUGAGCCUGCGCGUCCACAGCCUGUGCUCCACAACGGGAGAGGCCACAGCAGUGAGAGGCCCACGUACCAAAAAAAAAAAAAAAAAAGAAGAAGAAGAAGAGAGAGAGAGAAAGGGGCAAACAUGAGCCUUUGUCACUGAUUCCUCCUGGUCCAAUGAGCAUCUGAAGAAUUCAAGUAUUUCAUGAUAACAUGCGCUUUCUAAAUUCUAGAGUGUACCUUGUUGCAAAGCCAGUGGGCUGGACUGAAUUCCCUGCGAGUAUCGGGACUCUCUUACCGCUAGCUCUUCAAACAGGGGACGCAUGUGUGUAAGUGUGCCACUCCCUAAUGCAGCAAGAGGAAGGACCCUGAAAGGCUGAAGCACAGAAGUGUUUACUGUGUAACCGGGAUGUGGACACGUAUACAGCGUAACGGUUAUCGCCAUAAUCACUGUGUGCACAAUACCCAGAAAAACACAAAUGUUUUCAUUUGUCUAAACUACAAAUCCAUGUAAAUUUCAGCUUUCCUUGUUGACACGGAUGUGUGUACCUGCUUCCAUGGUCUAGAGCUCCAGUCACUGAAGGACCAUGGCUCUUCCUUAAAGGGCUCUGCCCUCGAGGAACCUGCAGCCUUCAGGAUGCCCCGAGUGCCUUACAGGGCUGUGAACACCAACUCUGGCAGUCAGGAAGGAGGGUGUGCCGGGAGUGGGUUUGGAGGCGCUGUGACAUUAAUCUACACUGACCGUUACUGCAUCGUUGACCUUAAGAUGGAUUGUGUGUUUUAACACAGUAAUGGAUUUAUGUCUAGGCUCAGGAAAAUCAAGGUGUAAAUUAUGUAUCAAGUCAUAUAUUUGUUUACUGUAUAUUUUUAAAAAGCUUUAUUGUAAAUUUAUGCAGAAAUGAAUGAGGACUUGUUUUCUCACAGCAAUGCGCCAGGCAGUAUUCGUGUUCCCUGAAGCAGUUCCUUAAUAACCACACUCUACACACCGGAUAACUCUGUUCAGUGCUAAACAGUAUUCAGAGGCCUAAAAUAGGUUUGUAUGGUGAUCAGCUACAAAAUUUUACACAUAUUUUUGUAUUGUGAUUCCUAUGAUAUAUACCAGAGAAUUUUUACUCAUUUGUAAAUUAUUGUACAGUUUUUAAUAAAAGGUUGUUUGAAGUCUUAGAA